ACACCAGCAGUCACGUGGUCCGUGCUGCAGCGGCCGCCGCCGCCGCGUCAUGCCGGUGGGCGGGGACACAUGCGUCAGGUGGCCGCUGCUGGGCGGGAAGACGGCGGUGCCGGGAGUCAGACUAGAGUCGCACUGUCGCACAGGCUGAGAGGACUCAGGGAGCCGCCAUCGUCAUCACCGCCGUCAUGCCGCCGACCACGGGCAGCAGCAGCGCGGCACUCCGGGGCCGGGUGCAGGAGCUGGUGGAUAGCAACGCCGUCAUGGUGUUCAGCAAGAGCUACUGCCCCUACUGCGACCGGGUAAAAGAACUCUUUACCUCGCUGGGCAGAGAAUAUGUCGCUCUGGAACUUGAUCAGUGUGAGGAUGGCAGCAAUAUUCAGGACAUCCUGCAUGAGAUGACCGGACAGAAGACUGUUCCUAACGUCUUUGUAAAUAAAACGCACGUUGGUGGCGCAGAUAAAACACUCCAGGCUCAUAAGGAUGGAACUCUGCAGAAACUGUUGGACAACUCUGUCACCUACGAUUAUGACCUUAUCGUCAUCGGUGGUGGCUCCGGUGGCCUGGCGUGUUCUAAGGAAGCCGCUUCAUUGGGAAAGAAAGUAAUGGUGCUGGAUUAUGUAGUCCCUACACCACUAGGAACUUCUUGGGGGCUUGGAGGUACCUGUGUAAAUGUUGGGUGUAUUCCCAAGAAGCUGAUGCACCAGGCGGCUCUCCUGGGACAGUCGCUGAAAGACUCCAGAAAAUUUGGCUGGGAAUAUGAUGAACAAGUAAAGCACAACUGGGAGACCAUGAGAGAGAAUAUCCAGAGCUAUAUUGGCUCCUUGAAUUGGGGUUACAGAGUGUCCCUGCGGGACAAGAGCGUCCGGUAUGAAAACGCAUAUGGAGAAUUUGUUGAACCACAUCAAAUUAAGGCAACAAACAGGAGGGGCAAGGAGAGUUUCUUCACAGCAGAGAAGUUUGUUGUAGCCACGGGGGAGAGGCCCAGAUACCUCAACAUACCGGGGGACAAGGAGUUCUGCAUUACCAGUGAUGAUCUCUUCUCAUUGUCCUACUCCCCUGGGAAGACGCUUGUGGUCGGGGCCUCCUACGUGGCUUUGGAGUGUGCUGGGUUCCUUGCUGGUAUAGGCUUGGAUGUCACGGUUAUGGUGCGAUCCAUAUUCCUCCGUGGCUUCGACCAAGAGAUGGCCGAGAGAGCUGGCGCUUACAUGGAAAGUCACGGAGUGAAGUUCCUCAAGAAGUUUGUACCAACUUCAAUUGAGCAGCUGGAGCAGGGCACCCCUGGGAGGCUGAAAGUCGUGGCAAAGUCUACUGAAGGAGAGGCGGUCAUUGAAGAUGAAUAUAACACCGUACUGAUUGCUGUGGGCAGAGAUUCCUGCACCAAAAACAUUGGUCUUGAGAAGAUUGGAGUGAAAAUUAACGAUAGGAACGGCAAGGUACCGGUGAAUGAUGAGGAACAGACCAAUGUGCCUCACGUCUACGCCAUAGGCGAUAUCCUUGACGGAAAGUUGGAGUUGACACCAGUAGCAAUCCAGGCUGGUCGACUGCUGGCAAGAAGACUAUACGGGGGCUCCACUGUGAAGUGUGAUUACAUCAACGUCCCAACGACAGUGUUUACUCCUAUGGAGUACGGGAGCUGUGGAUAUGCAGAGGAGAAAGCCAUUGAAAUUUUCGGCGAGGAAAGUUUAGAGAUUUACCACACGUUGUUCUGGCCUCUGGAGUGGACGGUACCUGGACGUGAUAACAAUACGUGUUUCGCUAAAAUAAUCUGCAAUAAACUUGAUAAUGAUCGCGUUAUUGGGUUCCACGUCUUGGGUCCAAAUGCUGGAGAGAUCACUCAGGGCUUUGGUGCAGCAAUGAAGUGUGGCCUAACCAAAGAGAAACUGGAUGAGACCAUUGGCAUUCACCCGACAUGUGCAGAGACCUUUACUACAAUGGAUGUCACCAAAUCAUCCGGAGGGGACAUCACCCAGAAGGGUUGCUGAGGUUAGAUCCUGCUGUUAACUGUCCCCCUGACCGAUCUUCCUAUUGAGAGACCAUUGUGGUUCAACGGACUCUGGUGGAAAACGAAACUUUGGAGGUUUUCAUAAAUGCGUCACCAUCUCUGGAACUUGAUAGAUACGCUUUGGUCAACCACAGGAGGAUUCUCACGGGUGAACAGUGGAACAGCAGGAUUAUCAGAACGUCUGGACGUGUUUGGAUUAGCGUUUUUCCAGAAAUGCUUAUUGUGAAGUCUUUGCUCGUCACCUUGCACUGAGGAGAGCACUGACUGAUGCCCAAACAUAGUCCAGAUAUCUUCGUCUCCUCUUUAGCUUUAGGUUUCUUUUUUUGUGGGGUUCUUUUUUGGUCUUUUACUAAAGACCCUUUCUAUUUUGUGUCUUUCUCCCCACGAUGGCCAUUUUUAUCCUGGUAAUACUAGUUAUUACCUUUUUUUGUAGAGUUGGUGUAUAUACUGUCCAUGUAUUUAUCUCACGCGUUGAGGGUUAGUCUGUUGUUCAGCAUGGCUGCCUCCCAUGAGGAUAUGACUUUUUUGUACCACACUCUUUUUGGCUUGCAAUAUUUUUCAAAAAGAUAAUGUAUAAAAGUUAUUGACACUUUAUUUCUGUGUGAGGAACUUCUCUUUAGAGUCAUGGAAUAAUGAGAUCCACGAGGUAAAUCCAGAAUAUGGAUCAAAAGACCUCCUAGGUGCUUAGCUGCUGCCGGAGAAAGAAACUAAAACUUAUUCUAAAGUGUUAAUAAGAUGCAGAGGCCUCAGUUAUGUAGAUUUGCCGCUACAUGGUAAGCUUGCCACUUUCAAGGGAAUUUCACUGGUGGGGGGUGCCCCUUACUUUCAUAUAUUUGUAUUUCGUAUAGUCAUGUAUUUUUACAUUGAGAUGCCACAAAAGCCUCUAAUGCACUGGAGUGUCCGGUCUUACAGAAAGUGAAUGUAUAAAGUUAUGGAUCUAGUGAGAUGAGCUUUUGCCUGUUUGGAGGGGCAUCCACAACCUCUGUUAAAGCUGCUAAGAUAUCUGAAAUAAACCCUUUUAGAUUUA